CAUCAUCAUCAUUUUGAUUAUCCGAAAUAGAAACAACAAUAAAAUCCAAAAAAAAAAAAACAAUGUCCGACCAACAGAUACCAAAAACAUUGUCAUCAAAAUCUCAACAACAAAAACAACAAUCAGAAUCAACACCUGUAACGAUAACAAAUGUAAAUCUUUUACGUUUAAGAUCUCAUACUACCACUAUUGAUUCAUGUACAACUACAACGGCAUCCACUUCUCCUGGAUCAUCUGGUGGUGGUAAUCAUCCUUUGCAUAAAGAAUUAUCAAUUGGAAAUAAUAAUAAUAGUGGGGGUGAUGGUUGUAGUGGUGGUGGUGGUGGUGGUGUUGGUCAUAAUCAUCAUCAUAAUCAUCAUCAUUAUCAUGGCCAUCAUGGUCAUCAUCUUUGGAAUAUGGAUGAUCUUAAUUAUGUAUCUACACAUAUGCAACGUGUUCGUGCACGUGCCAAUUUUGCAAGACAAAUGUCCAAUACUGUGAUGAUUGGACAAUCCGGUGGUGGUGGUGGUGGAUCAACAUCGAUAAAUAAUAUGGGCAAUUCUUUUGGUGGUGGUGGUGGUGGUGGUGGUGGUAUUAUUACAUCUACACCAUCAGAAAUGUAUCGUCGUCGUCGUGAAAGUAUAGCUGCAAUGCAUUUUCCAUCACAUAUUAAUAACAUUGGUUCUGGUUCUGGCCUAAACAAUAUGUUAUUAUAUGCAAAUCCAAAUUCAUUAAAUGAUUCAAAUUUUGGUGUUGGUGGUGGUGGCCUAUCAUCAUCAUCAUCAUCAUCGACAGCAACAACAAAUUUGGUACGAAUUCGUAAUUCAUUACGUGGUCAAUCGGCACCAUCAUUAUCAUUGGCAAUGAAAGAAGGAUCAUCAACAUCAUCGUUGUCGUUAUCAUCACAUCAUGCUGCUAUGGCUGCCGGUAUAGGUGGUGGCGGUGGUGGUGGUUUCAAUUCUGGUUGCUGUCCUCGCCGGAUACAACGAUGUUCAACAUCAAGAAAAAGUUUUCUACAAUCAAGUACAUCGCCUACAAUGCCCAGAUCUCCAUUACCUCAGCAAAAUAGUCCUAUUGAUAGUCCACGAAACAUGUCACCAUUCAAUCAUUUUUCCUUUGUUUCUUCCAAUGUUAAUAAUGUAAAGAAAAAUAUGCUCGAAGGUGGUCGUAGAUGGUCAGUAGCAUCGUUACCAUCUAGUGGUUAUGGUACAAAUACACCUGGAAGUUCAAGUGUUUCGUCACAAUGUUCAUCACAAGAAAAGAUUCAUCAGAUGUGCCAUUUGACAUCAUUACAUGAUGAACAUUCAUCGAUUAGUAGCCAUUCACCUCAUUAUCAUCAUGCUUUAAUGCAUAAUCAUAAUCAUCAACAUGGCGGUGUUUCACAUUCCAAUAAUAACAACAAUGGUGGUGGUGGUGGUUCCAAUCAUUUAAAUGUUAAUUCAGCCAAUAAUGGUACUGGUUCUCAAUUACAAGUUGUUCCUGCUGGUCAUCAUUAUCCAUUAAACAAAUUUACUACAGCUGGUUCAUCAGAGAAAAGUUCAUCUUUCUGUUCAUCUAAUGAUAGUAAUAGUGGACAAGAAGAUGAUACCGUACAGAAUACGGUCAUUUGUCGGCCAACAAUUCUAAGGCCAAGAUCUCGUAGCCUUAGUAGUCCGAUUCGAUCUCCUACUGGUGAUGAUGAAAAGGUGCUUGUCAACAGUAUCUACAAAGAACGAUUUCCGAAAGCUACACAACAAAUGGAAGAAAAACUGCAACGUUUCAUCGAUGAACAACUUAAAGCCGAAUUCGAUCAUGACAUUGCCUCGGAUGCCGUGUUCCGUUUCGCUCAUCAUCAAGUUGUUGGUCUGGCCAAAGAUUGUGUACAAAAAUCAAAAGAUAAACUUAUUACAACGCAAUAUUUUUACGAAAUGUACGAAAAUUUGGAAAAACUUUUGCUCGAUUGUCGUGAAAAAUCUCCCACAUCGGCCAAACAUUUAUGCAUAUUGAUACGUAAACUAUUAGUCAUUGUUUCGCGUCCAGCUCGUCUUCUUGAAUGUUUGGAAUUUGAUCCGGAAGAAUUUUAUCGGUAUUUGGAGAUGGCUGAAGGUGAAGCCAAAUCUUUUAGUCAAACGAUGAAAACAUCGAUACCUCAAUAUAUAAUUAGUAAACUUGGUCUAAACCAAGAUCCAUUAUCCGACAUACCGUUAUCGCCAACAGUCGAUAAAAGUUUAUUCUCAAGUGAUAAAUCGGUUGAUAAAGAAUUGGAAGAUGUUGAUGAGACUAAAGAGUUGGAUCAACAUCAUUCAAGACGAAAAUCGAAUAUCGAAUCAACAUUCGAACAAGAGGUAUCGAAACCACCAUCAGAAGAUGAUUUCGAAAUAAUAAAAUUGAUCAGCAAUGGUGCAUAUGGAGCCGUAUAUUUGGUUCGUCAUACCGAAACAAGGCAACGUUUUGCCAUGAAAAAGAUUAGCAAACAAAAUCUCAUUAUGCGUAAUCAGGUGGAACAAGUAUUUGCCGAACGUGAUAUCAUGAGUUUUACCGACAAUCCAUUUGUCGUGAGCAUGUUUUGUAGUUUUGAAACAAAAAAAUAUCUUUGUAUGGUAAUGGAAUAUGUGGAAGGUGGUGAUUGUGCCACAUUACUCAAAAAUAUUGGUCCAUUCCCAUUGGAUUUGGCACGUUUAUAUUUCGCCGAAACGGUAUUAGCUGUCGAAUAUUUACACAUAUUCGGCAUUGUUCAUCGUGAUUUAAAGCCCGAUAAUCUUUUAAUCACUGCUCUGGGACAUAUCAAAUUGACAGAUUUUGGCCUAUCCAAAAUGGGUCUUAUGAACUUGGCAACGUCAUUGUCCGAAGGCUAUUAUGAUCGAGAAUCACAACAAUUUACUGAUAAACAAGUAUAUGGCACACCAGAAUAUCUGGCACCUGAAGUGAUUCUUCGUCAAGGCUAUGCCAAAACUGUUGAUUGGUGGUCCCUUGGCGUCAUACUUUACGAAUUCCUAAUUGGUUGUGUACCGUUCUUUGGUGAAACACCUGAAGAACUAUUCGCUCAUGUGAUCAAUGACAGUAUUGAAUGGCCCGAUGAAGAAGAUUGGCCACUUACCGAUGAAUCCAAAGAUAUUAUUACACGAUUGCUUGAACAUGAUCCAUUAGAUCGAUUGGGUGCAGGUGGCGCACAAGAAGUCAAGUGUCAUCCUUUUUUCGAUGAAAUCGAUUGGAAUUCUUUGUUGAGACAGAAAGCCGAAUUUGUUCCACAAUUGGAAAGCGAAGAUGAUACCAGUUAUUUUGAUACACGUUUAGAUCGUUACAAUCAUGAAGUUGAUGAUUCCGAUGAUCAUGAUACGGACGAUAGUUCAUUGUUUGGUUCAUUUUCAUCAUGUUCACCACGAUAUCAUCGUGUUUAUAGUCGUGUGGAUAUCCACAAAGAGAAUUCUGGUGAUUCUUCUGAUGGUGGCGUUUCAUCACUAUUACGGCCAUCCAAUUCUUCAUCAUCAUUAAAAGAUGUUACCGCUAGUCUUACAACACCGACAACCACUUGUUCGGAAAAUUCCCUCGCUCCUUUAAACUUGGCAGCGACAGCGCUGGUCACUACUGCUACCAACACCACCACCACCACCUCUUCCUCAUCAUCAUCAUCAUCAUCGACAAAUCAAAUUUCUAGGCCAGAAUUAUUGAUCUCACGUUCAUUAUCGGUCACCGAAGAUCGUUUGAUUACAUUGAAAGCACCGUUAUCGCCGUCGCCACCAGCAUCGGAAACAAUUAGCAAUAUUCAUACAACGGAUUCAAAUAACAGUCAUGCAUCAUCCAUGAAUCCAUCAACUCAUUCUUCAAAAGGCAACAGUGGUACAGGAGCUACUCCUACUGCUUCUGUUGUUGAUCCAAUACUCAAAAUUCCUAAUGCUCAUAGUACUCCGAAAAUAUCAUCCACAUUAUCAUCAUCAUCAUCAACAUUGAAUACAAGCAAUAAUAGUCAAAAAUAUAAAACGACAACAACAACAACAACAACAACUAGCAGCUCUUUCACUAGAGCUCAAUCGAAAGACUCAACAUCAUCAUCAUCACCAACGUUAACAUCACCAUCAUCCGGUUUAGCCAUUGAUCAGGCAAUGAAAACAACAACAAUUGUACCGAAAUUACCACCAAAAACAAUGAAUCAAUUUAUGUUGCCAAAAUUUUCUUUCAGUAUGGAUUCUGAUACAGGUGAUUCUAGAAAAACUGAUGGCCAAUCUAUUAGUGGAAAUUCGGAUCUCGUUGAAACGUUGUAUCAUAAUCAACCAUCGGAAAGUGGAUCAUCGGCUGAUUCGCCGCCAUUAUUUGUACCAUCAUCAUCAUCAAACAAUGGUACGAAGAUUGUCGUACAAUUAUCACCCACAAUAGCUACCAAACAGCCCCCAGCAUCAUCUUCAUGUUCAUCGCGACCAUCGUCAUCACGGUCUGUGAUUAAAUCCGCUUCAGCAUCAGGUCUUUCGUUGAUUAUACCGGCUGAUGAUCAUCAAAAAGCAAUGAGCAUUUCAUCAGGUGGUUCAAAUAACAGUUCACGGGAUGCGUCACCUAAUCGUGAAAUUAAUUCAUCAUUAUCGCUUAAACCGCCUAUUAUCCUAAGAAAAAGUCCCGGUGGAUUCGGUUUUCAAUUAAAGGCCAUUCGAGUUUAUCAUGGUGAAUCUGACAUUUACACCGUUCAUCAUCUGGUACAUUCAGUUCAUAAUAAUAGUCCAGCUUUUGAGGCAGGUCUUCGUCCUGGUGAUCUGAUCACACACAUUAAUGGAGAACCAAUUCAAGGUCUUCUUCAUCAUCAGGUGUUGAAAUUAAUGUUUUCGGGUGGUGAUGUCAUUAACAUCCGAACAACGCCUUUAGAGAAUACGACCAUCAAAACUGGUGGCCGUCGUCGUAAUCCAAGUACUAGUCGAAUGGCUAAAAGACCAUUACAAACUUCUCAGAUGAACAAAUUGCAUCGUAAUGUCAAAGCCAGUAUCAAACGUAGUGAUUCUGAUAAACGAAAACGAUCGAGCUUGUUACGGCGACUUAGUUCAAAACGGGUCAGUGCCGAUAUUCAUCAAUUAAUGACCCAGAAUAGACAACAUUCACUAUCCACACCACCUACAUCACCAUUAUCACAAUCAGCCAAAGUAUUACAGGUCAACAGUCCUUCGACGUUGACGCCUAGUCGAAGUUUUCAAUCAUUUCCUAAGGGUAGCGAUUGCCCUACUAAUCCUAUUUUGGCUACUUCUGGUUCAUCCAAGAAUACAUUGACCGUUGUUGGACAAAGAUCGCUGAAUGAACGUCUGACACAAAGUUUUCAUUCAGAUUCAUCAAAUCUGACUGGUAAUUCAUCAGUUGAUUCAUCGCCAUCGAAUUCGGUGCCAAAUUCACCUGCAUUAUCAUCUGUGUCAUCAUCAUCAUCACGUCCAUCGAGUUUGGAUGGCCUCAAAUAUAAAUUAAAACCAUUCCGUUCACCACGUCGUAAAUCUUGUGGUCAUAUACCAUUGUCACCGUUAGCUCGAUCGAACGGAGGUGGUGGUUCUCCAGUUCAAUCGGCAACCAAUCCAGCUACUGGUCAUCUGUUGGCAUCAUCAACUUCACCAACUUCAAGAUCUCCAUCACCAUUGGCAUUUCCGAAUGUGGUUGCACCACAAUCAUCAACGAAAAAAAUUUAUCGAUUAGUGCCAUUAGCUCAUUCGACUACCAUCGAUAGUAAUAGCCAACAACAACAGCGAAUUUCCAUACAAACAAGACCAAAAUCUGUAUCGAUGGAUCAAUCUAUGGUAAAUUAUUCGAAACUACUAUUAGGUUUAUCUACUGAACAGCCACCUAAUAGUUAUUCGCCAGCAACCACACCAACCGGGAACACAAAUGAAUCGGCUAAUGAUAAUAAAUCAGGAUCACCAUCACGAAUAAUCGUAUUAUCAAAAUCGAAACGUGAAAAUUUAGCUCGAUCUGUAUCGGAUUGUAAAAAUAAUGUUGCAUCUACUUCAUCAACAAUGAUGAUGGCCGAUCGACCAAUUAUAAAGGUGGAAAAUGUUAGCAAUAAACAAUCACUCAUUUUGGAUCGAUCAUCAUCAUCCGAUUCUGGUUCAGAUAAAAUCAAAUAUGAUGAUGAUCAUGAUAAGUCCAAGAAUCAUAAACAUGAACACAAUGAAGAAGAGAAUAAAUUAUUACGAUUAUUGAAUCGAGGUGUUGGCCAAAUCAAUUCACAAUUAUCAUCCACAUCAAUUGGUUUGAAUACACCAAAAACAACUACAACUAAACAAUUGGCUAAAUCACGUAGUAAUAAAUUCAAACAACAAAGAAAUAUUCAACACAAUGAUGAUGAUGAUGAUGAUGAUGAAGAUAUCGAUUGAUUGAUUGACAUUUACUUUAUUGGCCUGUCAUAUGAUUUUAUUAUAUCUUAACCCGUUUGUUUAUCUUAUAAUUGUUUGUCUGUUUGUUUUUAAAACAUACAUACACACACACACACACACACACACACAUUAUUCUGCAAAACAAAAC